AUGACAGGAUCGUUGAAUUCCGCUGUUCCGCCGGAUUCCACGGAUAACACCAGCAGCAGCGAUAAAAUAGUCGUGACCCCCAUAGUAGCUGAGGGGAUCAUUCGCCUGGACGCGGACGAAGCUUCUCGGAAGGCGGCCUUUCCGUCUCUCUCAUUCGCAGACCCACCAGCCAGGGAGCAGCGACUAGGAGGGGGUGGUUCGGGAAACGAGGAGCCCUCAAUCGAGGACGUCCUUGCAGGAGUUGCUGCUUCUGUGGAAUUCAGCUCGCGAAACGACCAGCAAGUGGUUACCAUCCAGCUACCGGAGGGGUCAUCUUUCUAUGGAACAGGGGAGGUCGGAGGGCCUCUUGAGAGGAGCAAGAAACGGAUCUUCACGUGGAACACGGACUGCUGGGGCUUCAACGGCAGCACGCCGUCGCUCUACAUGUCCCAUCCCUGGGUCUUCUCUCUGCUGCCUGACGGCCGCUGCCUCGGCUUCCUAGCCGACACCACCCGGCGCUGUGAGGUGGACCUAAGAGCCGCGCCCACCCUCAGCUUCACUGCAUCUGCUCCCUUCCCCCUCAUCCUCUUCGGCCCAUCCGCCUCUCCUUCACACCUCCUGCAACUCCUGGCCAAGGCCAUCGGGCCUCUCCCUCUCCCUGCGCGCUGGGUGCUGGGUUACCAGCAGUGCCGCUUCAGCUACGAGUCUGCUGCCAGGGUGGAAGAGGUCGCCAAAACCUUCAGGGAGAAGAAAAUCCCGUGUGACGUGAUGUGGAUGGACAUAGACUACAUGGACGGCUACAGGAGCUUCAGUUUUGAUCCAGUUACCUACCCCGACCCGCUUGGGCUGGCGCGGUUUCUGAAUGAGGCGGGCUUUAAGGCGAUUUGGAUGCUGGACCCGGGGAUCAAGGAGGAGCAGGGGUACGGUCCGGUGGAGUCCGGUGAUGCGGCUGAUGUGUGGAUUCUUAACGCGGAGGGAAAACCAUUCGUGGGCGACGUGUGGCCGGGCCCCUGCAAGUUCCCCGACUACACGAUGCAGCGAGCGAGAGAGUGGUGGCGGGCCAUGGUGGCAGAUUUUGCAAAGGAGGGGGUGGAUGGGAUCUGGAACGACAUGAAUGAACCAACUGUGUUCCGGGCGGUCAACAAGACUAUGCCAGACGACAACAUUCACAGGGGGGAUGACGAUAUGGGUGGUACUCAGAACCACCUGCACUACCACAAUGUAUACGGCAUGCUCAUGGCUCGAGCGACCAGUGAGGGUCUUGAGAAGGCCCUUCCCGACAAGCGCCCGUUUGUGCUGACGCGGGCGGGGUUCAUUGGCAGCCAGCGCUAUGCUGCCUCGUGGACGGGGGACAACCUGGCCACCUGGGAGUACCUGCAUAUGAGCGUACCCAUGGCUCUCAACAUGGCUCUGAGCGGCCAGCCUCUGAACGGGCCUGACAUCGGCGGGUUCGCCCUGAAUGCCACACCGCGCCUGUUUGCGCGGUGGAUGGGCAUCGGGGCGCUGCUGCCCUUCUCCCGUGGGCACUCGGAGAAAGGGACCAAGGACGCCGAACCAUGGGUGUUUGGGGAAGCGUGUGAGGGAGUGUGUCGGAAGGCCAUAGAGCGCCGCUACUUUCUGCUGCCUCAUCUCUACACGCUCUUCUAUCAUCAUGACAAAACCGGCAGCCCUGUCAUCUCGCCCCUCGCCUUUGCUGACCCAUCCAAUUCAGCGCUGCGGGCAGUGGAAGAUCAGUUCCUGCUGGGCCCUCUGCUUGUCAUGACAUUCACGGAGCGCAGCAAGUUCGCCGACCCAUCAGCAGCCAAUCAGAGGCUGCCACCUGGCACGUGGAGGCGCCUCCACUUCCACGAUUCUGACCGGGACCUCCCGCUGCUCUUCUUGCAAGGAGGCGCCAUCUUGCCGACAGGGCCUGUCGCUCAGAACACUCAGGAGCUCAGUAGGGAAGAUCCGGUGACUCUGUUAAUCAGCCUCGACGAAUCAGGUGCCAGCAAGGGCCAGUUGUUCGAGGACGAGGGGGACGGGUUCAGGUACAGGGCGGGGGAUUACCUGCUGACCACUUACGAGGCGACACGUGGCACGGGGGAGGGCGGGCUGCCGGUGGUGGAAGUCAAGGUGGCAAAGGAGGAAGGCUCCUGGAAGCGGCCCCGCCGGAAGCUGGUGGCACGGGUGCUGCUGGGAGAUGGGGCCUAUGUGGAAGGCGAGGGGUGGGACGGCGAUGUGCUUUCUGUCCUGCUGCCUUCUGCUGCUGAUGCAGACAGGCUGGUCGCUGCAGCAGUGGCAGAAGAGAAGGCACUCAUGGAAGCGGCUCCCAUACUACCAGACGGGGCGAAGGAGGAUGGGGAGGAGGGAGGAGGGGAGGCGCUGGCAGCAACGAACAUGGCAGCGGGUGACUUGCAGUGCCAUGUGGUGCUGAAACACGGGGGGCGGCUCGACUCGCUCUUCCACUACCCCUCAGGCCAGGAGCUUCUGGAGUCUCGUUUCGAGGAGGGUGGGUAUGAGGAGUAUUCCGAGAGCGAGUACCGGUCACCAGGCUGUCAGGAACAGUACCAUGUGGUGUGUGAGCAGAGGGACCACAGCACAGGGGGCAGUCAUCGUAUGAUCGUUCAGGGUGACAUCGGCAGUGGACUCAUCAUGCGCCGCUGCUUCUCCCUCGGCCAACCCAUCCCCGCUGCCUGGGCUGCUGCCACCACUACUGCUGCCGAUGCCAAGUCCCUGACCCUGGUUCAGGAGCAGCAAGUCUCUCUGAGUGAUGGGCCCACAUCCAUGGAUGGACCAGCAUCCACCAACGAAACAGUCGGAGCAGCUCCAGCCGAUGCAGUUGAUCCAGUUGAUGCAGCCACGUCAGCACUCCCAUCCACGCCCAAUCAGCUCCACGUGACGUCAGCGAUCAUAGCUGCUGCUAUUGGCGCUGGCUCUGGCGGGUUUUCACGCCUCGCCUGUCUGAGGGUCCACCCCUCCUUCCGAGUGGUCCACUCCUUCUCCUCCGCUGCUCCCCAUGUGCGCUUCACGUCCAUCAAAGGAACCGAGGAGGUGGUUAAGCCGGACGUGCAGGAGCUCUGGCUGAGAGGCGACGACAGGCCCGACGGAAAAUGGUCUCUGGUGGACCCAGGUACAGGCCGCACUGUGGUCAACCGAUUCAACCCGAGUCAAGUGCAGGCAUGCUUCAUCUACUGGGGUAGUGGGUUCUGCAACCUGGAGCUGGUUUCAGAGGAGAGGCCUGUCUCCGUUGAAACGCCGCUCACAAUUGAUCACUCGUACAGCAUCGAGACUGUGGCCGAAUGA